UCAGCCUCCACCUCAAUACACACGGUCUCACUCACACACUUUCCCAUCCAGGACAAUGGCCCCAAAGAAGCCCGAGCCGAAGAAGGAGGUGGCAAAAUCGACCCCACCGGCUCCGGAGUCAGAGAAGCCCAAGGAGCCCGAAUUCGAUCCCAAAAGCAUUGCGAUGGAGUUCACUGCAGACCAAAUUGAUGAGUUCAAAGAGGCCUUCAUGCUUUUCGACAGGACCCCCAAAAGCGAGAUGAAGAUCUCUUACGCCCAGUGUGGUGAUGUGAUGAGGGCGCUGGGCCAGAACCCCUCCAACGAAGAGGUCAUGAGAGUCCUAGGGACACCCAAGCCACAGGAAAUGAACAUGAAGCUGAUCGGCUUCGAGACCUUCCUACCAAUGUUCCAGCACAUCUCCAAGUCCAAGAACCGGGGUACCUUUGAGGACUUUGUGGAAGGACUGCGUGUCUUUGACAAGGAGGGCAACGGCACCGUCAUGGGCGCCGAGCUGCGUCUUGCACUCGCCACUCUUGGAGAGAAGAUGACAGAGAAAGAGAUAGAGGUAGUGAUGGAAGGACAAGAGGACAGCAAUGGCUGCAUUAACUACCAAGCCUUUGUGAAACACAUCAUGACUGGGUGAAUGAUCAAAAUUCAAGAUGUCGCUGACCUGAAUCUCUCUUUUAUUCCUUCUCCUCUUUUGUUCAAAUCUUUGUCCUCAGUGUGUGUGACCGAUUCUGUCUGUGUCAGUGCAUGUGGGUGUGUGUCACAACGUUUCGAUAAUGGAAAUAAAAGUUAAAUC